AUGCGGUUGUUCGUGGACUUGCCACCUCCAAAUCUGAUAACUUUAACGAGUCCAUCACCAAAUCUAAUGAUGCUUAAGCAACUCAGGAUGGAUGAAAUAUGUCUCAGCUCUGUGAGGGACGUCUGGGCUUGUCUUUUGUUAAUCGAACACUCCCCUAAAUUGCAAGAACUCAUCAUCGGUACCAGGAUAGGGGCAAACACGAAUGUAGACGUCCAGUUGAGAGUCAUACAACGGAUGUGCGAAAGCAGGACGUACAAACCAAAGAGGCUAAAGCAAGUUGAACUGUAUCAGUUGCAUGGUUUAAAGAGGGAAAUGUGUUUCAUCCGAUGGUUAUUAUCCGCUUUACCCAUGCUUGACAAGAUGUUGAUAACAUUUUCAGCAAGUUCGCUACCUCAUCAACAGAUUCAGACUCUAAAAGAGUUGAAUGGGUUUCAGCGGCCCUCCAGCAAAGCACAAGUCAUAAUCUUGUGA